AAAAAUCUAACAUAUCCUCAAAAUGUAGAGGUCUACAUCACAGAUGACAUCUUUAUUCUGAAGUGGAACUGGAGUGAUGAAUCUGUUAGGAAUGUGACUUUUUCAGCAGAAUACCAAAUAGGUGAUAUUCAGGACAGCAAACUUCAGAUGGAUAAUUGGAUAAAAUUGCCUGGAUGUCAAUAUAUUACUAGUACCGAAUGCAACUUUUCUUCAGUUGAGCUAAAUGUUUUUGAAGAAGUUAGGUUACGUAUAAGAGCAGAAAAAGGGAACAAAACUUCUCAAUGGUCUAUGGUUGACUGGUUUAUCCCAUUUCGAAAAGCUCAAAUUGGUCCUCCAAAGGUUCAUUUAGAACCUGAAGAUAAGGCAAUAAUAAUCAACAUCUCUCCUCCUGGAACAAGAGAGAGCCAUAUGUGGGCUAUGGAUAGUUCGAGAUUUACGUAUAGCUUAGUUAUCUGGAAAAACUCUUCUGGCAUUGUAGACAAAAGGACUGAGACUGUUUAUCCCACAGAUAAAAUUUAUAAACUCUCUCCAGAAACUACUUAUUGUUUAAAAGUUAGAGCAAGACUACGUUCGCAGAGAAAAACUGGUCUCUUUACUCCAGUGUAUUGUAUAAAUACCACAGUUGAAAAUAAACUGCCUCCACCAGAAAAUCUAGAAGUUGAUGCUAAAAAUCAGACCUAUAUUCUUAAAUGGGAUUAUACAUAUGAAGAUAUGACCUUUCAAGCUCAGUGGUUCCAUGCUUUUUUAAAAAAUAUUCCUGAGAACCAUUCAGAUAAAUGGAAGCAAAUACCUGGCUGUGAAAAUGUCAAAACUACCCAGUGUGUCUUUCCUCAAAAAAUGUUCCCAAAUGGAAUUUACUAUCUCCGUGUACAAGCAUCUAAUGGAAAUAACACAUCUCUUUGGUCUGAAGAGAAAAAAUUUGAUACUGAAAUGCAAACUAUCAUACCUCCUCCAGUCAUUAGUAUGACACCCAUUAAUGAUUUACUGCAUAUCUAUAUUGGUGCUCCAAAGGACACUGAAAACAAGUUUAUGAACCAGCAUUAUCCACUUAUUUAUGAAAUUAAUUUUUGGAAGAAUACUUCAAAUGCUGAGUUCAGAAUCCUACACAAAAAAACUGAUUUUUUUAUUCCUAAUUUGCAACCACUGACUGUAUAUUGCGUCAAAGCCAGAACACUCAUCGAGGAUAAAAAAUGGAAUAAAAGCAGUGUUUUUAGUGAUAUUGUGUGUGAGAAGACUAGACCAGGAAAUACUUCUAUAACCUGGAUUAUAGCUGGAAUUUGUGCUGCAUUAUUUGCCAUCCCACUUGCCAUUUAUAUUGGGAAAGGCCUCUUGAGAUGUAUCAAUUAUAUAUUCUUUCCAUCAUGUAAACCUCCUCCCAGUAUAGAAGAGCAUUUCUCUAAAUGGUCACUAAAGAAUCUACUCCUUUCCACUUCUGAGGAACAAACUGAAAGAUGUUUUAUAAUUGAAAAUAUGAACACUCUUACUAUAGUAGAAGAAACUAAUCAAAUUGAUGAAGAUCACAGAAAAUACAGUUCCCAAACUAGUCAAGAUUCAGGAAACUAUUCUAAUGAGGAUGAAAAUAGCGGAGGUGAUGUAAGUGAAGAAGUUCUACUGCAGGAAAUCAUGUGA